GUGACAUCAACAGAAUCGUUGGAGAUCCUCCAGCAGGCGGCAUGUUCACUCACAGCGCAACAAAGGAUGAAAAGGGGCUGUCGAUGAAUGCUGUAUAUAAACCUCGUCAAGACCAUCAUCUUUGCAACAAUGUUCCAAUUAACCCUUGUCCUCAGAACCACUGUCAUUCACUCUCCCACGUGUCCCCCGAGGUAAUCCUUCGCUCCUCACCGGCCGUUCCUCCUCCGUACUUUUCACAAUCCCUCUCUAUCUACAUCAUCGACGCCGCCGUCUAGUCUCUUUUCUCUCAAGAUGCUGGCCUCUUCAAUCUUUACUCUGGCUCUCAUUGCCGGCAGCUCUGCUGCUCCUAUGGCCAAGCGAAGCUACACUGGUCAGGCUACUUACUUCGCGCCUGGAAUGGGUGCCUGCGGCUGGUCUGCCUCUGACUCGGAUUACAUCGUCGCUCUCAACACGGCCCAGUACGGUAACACUGGCCAGGCGAGCGGGUACUGCGGACAGACCAUCACCAUCACGAACACGGCGAACGGCAACUCGCAUACCGCCAAGGUCCAGGAUGCAUGCCCCUCUUGCGACUACGGCUCUCUGGACAUGUCCCCGGCUCUCUUCUCUGCACUGAACAACGGUAACAUGGGUGCCGGUGUAUUCUCGAUCAGCUGGACCGUCGGCUCUGGCUCAUCCAACUCUGGCAGCCCCUCGUCCUCAACAUAUUCUAGCUCCAGCAGCACGCCCUCGUCAUCAUCAUCGGCGAGCAGCACCAGCUCAUCUCCACAACCCAAGCAGACGCCCUACUCUGCCCCCAUUCACGAGGUCAGCAGCGUCGCUCCCACGGGCCAACCAAACACAACUUUUACCACUGAGCCUCAGUGGUGGGCCACGAUCAACCCUGCCUACUGCAACCUUAGCACCCCAAGCAACGUCACCGUCGCCGCCGUCGGCCCCACCCAGGCGUACAAUGGUACGAAUCUAUCUGACGCCUGCGGCAAGUGGAUCCAGAUCCACAACCAGGAGACCAACAAGACUGCCAUGGCCAUGGUCGUCGAGUACGUCCCAGGUAUGGGCGACAACUUCCUUGCUCUCGCUGAUGGGUACAAGGCGCUCGCCAACAUGCAGGGCUCAAUGCCCAACCCGAUCUCGAACGUCACCUGGGGCUUCGUGGAGACCAACAGCACCACGAGCAGUGAAUAACUCUCCUGCUCGCUUUGCGCUUCAUUGCAUUCGCCCAUUUUUCUUCAGUCAUUACUCUGCAUCUACAGCAUUUCCCUUGGCAUCAAUCAAUUGUCACCACUGGUUCUCCUUCGUCCGACACACCUGUAUCCCUACCAGCUCGGCCUUCGGAUUUAUCUGCACACCAACACGGGCGCAGGACCUGUUAGGGUUCUAUCAAGCAAUAGACAUUUCUCUAAAAGCGGCCGCGAGCGCUGCAUUGUAUUUCUCCUCCUUCAUAGAGCUCGCGUGGGCACCACAGGCAUCGGGCCCCCAGCAACACAAUAGCAUAGCGAAAUUUGC